AAGAGCGCAUGUGACGUGCGCCCGUUCACGAACGAACCGCGCACGCGCUCUCACGACGCGGACCCAACCCAACCAAAACAAUCCACAUUCGGAAAAUAAAUUAUCACACCACCCUCCUUCCGAAUGACAGUGACGUUUCGGGGUGUCAUUGACAGAACACGCUUUUUAGAUUUUUGUUAUGAUUUCGUAAAAAUUUUCAGUGCUUGCAAAUUUUAGUGUUAAAGAAAUAAAGUGACCAUUGACCAGUGAUAUAGUGACAUAAAUAGUGCUUUGGUUAGAUAAAAAGAAUGAGUCCGGGCGCAGCAGGGUAGCGGGAUGAUGCGCAAGGAGAGUGCCGGCUCAACCGGCGGGACUGAGGUAGCCCUGGACGCCACUCAAUGUCUCACCCUCCAGCAGAUCCUUCAAGCCUUCAACUCUCAUAUAAGCGAGGAGCAUGCCUGGGCGCUAUUCUACCAGGCUUCCCGCUGCUUCCAGAAAUGCCUUGACGAAGGGACGGCGUAUUAUUUGCCGACUGAGUUAUCUCAUGUGGUUUUGCAUAAGGAUGGAACCGUGCAUCCAAGGACGCUGUUGCAUACGGGAGAUGACAGCGGCAGAGAAAAAUUCAAAUUAGAGCAUGAGCUGGUUGUGAAUUUGGCCAUCGUGGUGUACCAUGCGCUGGACUACACUCACGGGGAAGACGAGGAGCGGCUCAUGUCGCCCGACCUCGAGAAUCUCAUCACCGAGAUGACGGCUAAUAACGUCGCAGAGGACGAUGAGGAAUGCGCGCUAUCCGAAGGUUCGGAGACUUCAGAGGGAGGUCGGGCGGACACCGACGAUGAAGGCAUUGAGAGGGACUCAGAGCCAGCACCGCGAAGACGAAGAAGCAUCCGGAGGUUCAUGCUCAAGGAUGUUAUUGAGCGAUGCAUAUGGCACUGUGGCGGGAGCGGCGCUCGAAUCGCGCGGGACACCGCUGCGGCGCACUACCGCGCGGUGUGCCGGGCGCUGGUCGCCGAGGCGCUCGAGCUGGCUUCCUUCCUCGCGCGGGUGCGGGUGGGCGGCGCGCGGGACCUGGGCGCUGCCGAGGACUCCGCCAUGCACCUCGACACGCUGCAGUUCUCGGACUGGUCUAACCGAAGGAUUUGGAGGGCUCUACAAGCGCGGUUUUGGGUGCAAGUCAUAGGUGAAUUAAGAAUGGGUGUGAAGUUAAAGAAAGUUAACUAUUCAAGAACGCCUAUCGAAUAUGAGUUGACUCCGUAUGAAAUACUAAUGGACGAUAUUAGGUCGAGGCGGUAUACAUUAAGAAAAGUUGACGGCGCGAUACCUCAAAGUGUUAAAAAGGACGCACACGCUAUGAUACUCGAAUUCAUUAGAAGUAGGCCUCCACUCAGAAAGGCAUCAGAACGUAAGCUACCUCCAAGACGGCGAGAGGUGACUCCAAGGGAACAACUUCUGGCUUCCAUCCAGGUGGGCAGACAGCUCAGGCCUACGCCUUACUCGCGGCGGUUAUCAACGAGCGGGUCAGGCAGCGGUCCGGGUGGUGGGGACCCUCACACACAUACGCAUCCGCAUACGCAUCCACACGCACACACGCGACGCGGUGACGUCACGCCGCACGCGCCACCCCAACGACGUCUUAUCAAAGUCGACUUUGACAACCUUGAGGAUGACGAUGACGACGAUGACACCGAAACCUGCGUCAGCCCGGAAACCUGCGCGCCACAGCCUUUCCCGAGGCACACGGCGCCGCAGCAAACACCACCAAAACCUUGGAAGCGCACCGCAUACGACCUGGCGACCCAAUGUCCGUCGCGGCGUGCAUCAAUGCGACGCCACACCGUCACACACACCGCCUGCCAACCCACCGACGGCGCACAAUCGCUGCCACACUCCAGGCCAGGCUCCAGAGCAUCGUGUGCAGGUGCAGCGUCCCUCGCCAGCAGCGACGCUGACGCCCAGUUGGGUGAGCUGUCCUGGUCACGCUCCUCACUCCAGGACGAGCUCAUCAAGUCGGUUAGUGGCAGCCCUACCCAUCAGCAUAAGCAAUGGCAAGACGCAAUCAUGUCGGACGACCGGCUUUCAUUGACGCUAGAAGAAAUCGUGCACAUCCGGUCCGUAUUGACCAAGGCGGAACUUGAGGUCCUUCCUGUCGAGGGCAGGGUAAAAGAAGAUGUGGAAAAGAGAAGGGUAUGCUUCCUAUGUUUGAAGACACGGUUUGGCAUUUUCGGCCCAUGGGGUCAAAAGUGCAAGCUGUGCAAGAAGACUGUCUGUCAAAAAUGUUGUUCAAAGAUGCGGAUCCCGACGGAGCAUUUUGCUCACGUGCCAGUGGCGCUGCUGAGUCCGUCGCUGCUGCCGUCGCCUGAUGACGAGCAGCAAUCUUUCCCGCGCUCCCUAAUGGCGCGACUGGUCUCACCCGAGCGCAGUGCGACGGUGGAGAACAGCGUGGGGUCUGCCCCAAGCAGUCCGGCUACGACGCGGCGGCACGCGGCAGCCUCCGCACCCGGUUCCCGCGGAGCCUCCGCUAUGGGCUUUGCGGAACCAUUACCUACUGUGCGUGUGGACGGGCCCGGCAGCAUGCCUUGCGUUUCCACACCGCUCUCUUCGCUUUCAACGCUCGAGCGAAGAGCGCGGUACGGUCGCAGCGCAACAGGCGUAUCGGCGGCGGAGCGUCUUCGAGGCGUGCAGAUGGCAGUCUGCCACGACUGCAAGGCCAUGGUACUACAGAUCAUCAAGUCGUCACGCGCCUGUCGCUCUGCCUCACGUGACCGCGCGUUGCGACACCUCACUCUCGACCUCGCGCCCGUCUACACCGCCGACUGUUAACCACACAACACUCUAAGCCGAAGCAGACUUGCG